AUGGUCGCUGAACUUUUCAAAUCAGCCACUGUAGAUGCUGCUCCGUCGAGUCCAAUAGAAUUUCCCAAUCUGGUCCAUUUUCCUGCCGCUCAGCCAGGCACUGAGCUUCAAAAGAUAAUUGAUGAAUUGGGACUUAUCAAACAUAUCGAAGGGGGCUACUUCAAAGAAACAGAUCGGUCACCCUUUGUUGCAAACUUUGGCUCCUCCAAACAGGAUGCUCCUGAGACUUCAACUUCAGUUUCUAACGCCUCUGCUGAACAGAAAAGUCAAAUGCCAACAGAUUCUCAAUUACCUGUUUACACGGACUCAAGACAUUACCACACUUUAAUAUACUACCUUUUGACCCCAGACGCGCCCAUGAGUAAGAUGAUCAUGAAUACAAGUCGCAAUAUUCACAUUCUUCAAAGAGGUAGAGGUCAAUACGUCCUGGUUUACCCAGACGGAACCGUAAAAUCCUUCAAAGUAGGAUUUGAUACUUCCAAAGGAGAGGUUUCUCAGUGGGUUGUCCCAGGCGGUGUCUACAAAGCUUCUUUUUUAUUGCCCAAUAAAGAGUUUAACAACGGGCUUCUUAUAAGCGAAGUGGUAGUCCCUGGAUUUGAAUACUCAGAUUUUCAGCAAAUAUCCAGUAAAGACGAACUAGAAUCAUACGUCGGGCCAGAAACUGCCAAUAUUUUGGGACCUCUGCUCUAA